AUGUCAUUACGAUCAAUGGAAAUCAACGAGGAUGCACAUGAUUUCGCAAGCGAUAUCGAUGGAAUGAUUCAGGUAGUAUCUGAUGAGCAUUCUGCUUCAUCGCUCAUACUGGCCAGUUUGGUGGCUCGACGAAUGCGUGAAUUCCAAGAAAACGAAGACAACUUCACCGGCACUGGGACUGCUCCAACGGAUCUUCUGGAGAGUCUAAGCUCGAAUGACACCGACGAGAUCAGCCAUGAAUUCCUGCAGGACAUAGCCCAUUCUAUGGAUCUUACAACCAUGCCUGAAAAUUUGUUGGUGCUGGUUCUCCCUAUGCUGCUGCAUGUUGAUACAAAGCUUCCCAACCCCGAGGACCUUCAUGCUAUACAUGGAUUUGCUGAAGCAUCGCCAAUGCACCGAGAGCAUGUGGAAACAUGGUUGAGAUCUGAACCAGCCCAGAGUACACUUGAACAGGUUUUCAAGCCAUGGAUGAAUUACUACAGCUUCAAACCUGCGUACCAAUGUAGAGAGGAGAUUGCGGCUUACAAAGCUAGCCGAGGUGGUGCUGGGUUCAACUAUGCGUAUGAAUUCGUGAAAGAAUGUCGGUGCACAAGUUGCCUAUCGCUUCUCGGCCAACUGAGGUUGAUCGAUUUCAGGAACUACGACCAAAAUGGGAGAAGCUUUCUUCAUGCAGUGAUUGAGGGCGGAGAUGUGGAAUGUAUAAUGUUUGUUGUUGCUAUCUUGCUGAAAGGAGGCGUGGAUCCUCGGCAUUUUCCCACGUCUAUCGAUGGAAUGUCUAUUCCUCACCAUGUCGCUUUGUUGCACAACAAUCAUAUUUUCAGGGGAGUCGUUGAGUUUCUAGAGGAUGCCGGCUACCCUCUAUCUGUGUGGAACGAUGACGGCCUCAAGCUCGAACUGUGCAGCUUCAUAACCGCCGACAUGGCCGAACGGCUCCUAUCCAAAGGAUUUAAUAUCACCAAGCUCCCCAGAAAUACACUCCCAAUAUAUCUGCCCAAUGAGGAUGACCCCGAGUACGAAGAGUCCGGUGAGGAGUGGAACCGCGAUGCAGAAUAUGGUGAUCCAAUCAUCCGGGACGAAGACUUCAACCCCGACAAUGACACGCUCGACCCAGAAUCAAUUAGAUAUGAUGUUGUUGGAAUCAAUCCCAUUGAACUCCAUCCCACCUCUCGAACCAUCUGGCACCGGGCAAUCGAGAACCCCGAAGGUCCACGAAUCCUUGACUGGCUGCUGGAUCACUCCUAUACCCAGCCAGGAUGCCGAAGCGACUUCGACCGAGACUCCGGUGAGACUGCUUUAGUAACUGGGGCUAGAGGAGAUCAGACAGCUGGCAUUGAUUGGUUCUGUCAACACAGUGAUCCCAUGGCAGGGCGGGUGCGGAAUUCUCAGGGCACCGGCGAUGAGAGCGCAGGGGCUUAUGCGUUACAAGUAGCAGCUCACAACCUGCGACCACGCUGUGAUAUAAUUUUCAAAAAGCUUUUGCGUCAUGCAGAUCCGCAGUUUUACUGGGACGUUUCUACGAUCAAGGGCCUGUAUUGGCUUAUAAUUAAAAGUUAUCGAGAUAUGUACCAAAGGUUGGAAGACCUCAAGGAGCCAGGCCGGGUGAGAGCCCAGCAAAUGGCUCUCCUGCGCUCCCUCACUUCGGCUAAAACCAGAGCGCUGAAUAACAGACUGGAGCCUUUCUGGGAUACUUGGGGGCCAUCUGAACAGCGAAAUUGGCUCAUUCAAUACUGUACAAUUCUUAGGUUGAAUUUCCUUGUGAAAGAUCUAAGUUCGGAUGAAUGGGAUAAUUCUGAUUAG